CCAAUAUCGGCAUUCAUUGAAGAUUCAGGUACCAGCCACAGCCGAAUCGCCCAGGUUCGCAGUCAAAUGCACACGGUCCUUCGCGAUUCUCCAGCUGUCGCGUAUCCGACUGCGAGACAGUUGUCCUAGAUACCUCCUUGUUACUCUGCGCCGCCCUGCCAGCUGUCCAAAAUGUAUGAGAUGUCCACCCUGAGCGAGCGCGCUUUUAAUCAUGAGCAAGACAGCCCCGUUGAACAAGAGUACGACCGUCUCCGAGACCUAGCGAGGCAAGAAGCUGCGAAGCGCAAUUCAUGUUUCCAAAGGUCCCGCGAAGCCUACGAAAAUGGCGAUGGAGCCGCAGCAAAGGAAUUAUCCGAACAAGGCAAAGAGCACGGUCGCAAAAUGGAGGAGUACAACCGCCAGGCCUCCGAGUACAUCUUCCGCGAGAAUAACGCCGAAGGGCGCGUACCACCGGACACUAUCGAUCUGCAUGGCCAGUUCGUUGAAGAAGCGGAAGAAAUUCUCGAGCAGCGGAUCAAAUACGCCAAGGCGCAUGGACAGACGCAUCUGCACGUAAUCGUCGGAAAGGGCAACCAUUCUGCAAACCACGUCCAAAAAAUCAAGCCGCGAGUCGAACAAGUCUGUCAACAGCUCGGUCUUCAGUAUGCCACUGAAGCGAACGAGGGUAGAAUCUACGUGAACCUCACUGGUGGACCGGCAGAAAUGCCGCCAGCCGGGGGUGCUGGGUACCAUCAUUAUCAGCAGCAGCAGGGACAGCAUCAAUAUCAUCAACAAUACCCCCAGCAGCAACACCAACCUCAGUACCAGAACCAGCAGCAGGAUGAGAUCGAGGAGGUCGUCGAACAACUCCUGCCCAAGGUGCUGCAGAAGCUUGAAAAGGCUUGUUGUGUUGUUAUGUGAGGGCUCGAUCUGUCGUCUACCUUCUAUCUAUUUAUUCAUCUAUGUGGCCUUUUGUUCACGCGCUUUUCGGGUUGUUUUUGUUUCUUCUUUGGAAAUAUUCUUUUUGGAAAGGGGAACUUUUGGUUUCAACCAGUCGUACAGAUAUAUAUAAUACAGAUAUACCCCAGAGAGAAUGGGUUGGUGUAAAUGUCCCCAUUCAUUCAGGAAUCGGAUUGGAAAUAGGAUCAUAAAUAAAAGCAUACACAAGAAUCCCUGAUGAUUAAGACUACGUAUUU